CACACUCUACAGGGCCUGGAUUUAAGAGGAGGACUCCCAGCCUAUAAAAUGACAGACGAUAAGGUCACCGGGACCUUGGUUUUCACUGUCUUCACUACCGUGCUGGGCUCCUUCCAGUUUGGAUAUGACAUUGGUGUGAUCAAUGCACCUCAACAGGUUAUAGUUUCCCAUUACAGAUAUGUGUUGGGUGUUCCUCUGGAUGACCGAAAGGCUAUCAACAACUAUGCUAUCAACAGUACAGAUGAAAUGCCCACAAUCCCAUACUCAGUGAACCCAACACCAACCCCUUGGGUCGAGGAAGAGAGUGAGGCAUCUGCUGGCCUGAUCACCAUGCUCUGGUCACUGUCUGUGUCCAGCUUUGCAAUUGGUGGAAUGAUAGCAUCAUUCUUUGGUGGAUGGCUUGGAGACAAACUUGGAAGAAUCAGAGCUAUGUUGGUAGCAAACAGUCUCUCAUGCCUUGGAGCCCUAUUGAUGGGAUUUUCAAAACUGGGACCAACUCACAUUCUCAUAAUUUCAGGAAGAGGCAUUUCAGGACUCUACUGUGGGCUGAUUUCAGGUCUGGUUCCAAUGUACAUUGGUGAGGUUGCUCCAACCAAAUUCAGGGGCGCUCUGGGUGCUCUUCACCAGCUGGCCAUCGUCAUGGGUAUUCUUGUUAGUCAGAUUGUUGGCCUUGACUUUAUUUUGGGCAAUCCUGAUCUGUGGCACAUAAUGCUUGGCCUGUCUGCUGGGCGAGCCUUAUUCCAGUCUGUGCUGCUCUUCUUCUGUCCAGAAAGCCCCAGGUACCUUUACAUCAAGUUGGAUGAGGAAGUCAAAGCAAAGAAAAGCUUGAAAAGACUCAGAGGAUGUAGUGAUGUCACCAAAGACAUGACUGAGAUAAGAAAAGAAAAAGAAGAAGCAUUAAAUGAGGAGAAAGUCACCAUAUUUCAGCUCUUCACCAAUUCUAGCUAUCGACAACCCACUCUAGUAGGAUUGGUGUUACAUAUGGCCCAGCAAUUUUCUGGAAUUAAUGGGAUCUUUUACUACUCAACCAGCAUUUUUCAGUCAGCUGGAAUCAGCCAACCUGUUUAUGCAACCAUUGGAGUUGGUGUUGUCAAUACACUAUUCACUGCUCUCUCUGUAUUGUUAGUGGAGAAGGCAGGGAGGCGCUCUCUAUUUCUAAUUGGAAUGAUUGGGAUGUUUUUCUGCGCCAUCUGCAUGUCAGUGGGACUUGUGUUACUGGAUAAGUUGGCAUGGAUGAGUUACGUGAGCAUGACAGCCAUUUUCCUCUUUGUCAGUUUCUUUGAAAUUGGUCCAGGCCCAAUCCCCUGGUUCAUGGUGGCUGAGUUUUUCAGUCAAGAGUCGCGUCCUGCUGCUUUAGCAGUGGCCGCAUUCAGCAACUGGGGCUGCAAUUUCAUCAUAGCUGUGUGUUUCCAGUACAUUGUGGAAUUCUGUGGACCUUAUGUGUUUUUCCUCUUUGCUGGAGUGGUCCUGGUGUUUACAGUAUUUACAUUCUUUAAAGUUCCAGAAACCAAAGGAAAGUCCUUUGAAGAAAUUGCAGCAGAAUUUCGAAAGAAAAGUGAUUCAUCCCAAGUUCCCAAAGCUGCUGUAGAGAUGGAAUUCCUCGAACCUACCAACACUGCAUGA